AUGCAUCCAUGCAACGGCGACUGGAUUAUGUGGUUCCAGGCCCACGCACACCGCCUUUCCACCACGCCAGCCCUCGACAAAGAAUCACAUGACCCACACAAAUCAUUUGAGUCCCGAUUUGUGCGGACCGAAAAACCCUCCACCUCCAACCUCACCGUCGCCCGUCCAAUCCUCUACACCAAACCCGCCAAAAUGGAGAACGAGAAGGGAGAGAUCGUCGAUCUCUACGUGCCCCGCAAGUGCAGCGCCACCAACCGCAUCAUCAAGGCCAACGACCACGCCUCUGUCCAGCUCUCCGUUGGCAAGGUUGACGAGAACGGCCGCUACACCGGCGAGAGCGAGACCUACGCUCUCUGCGGCUUCAUCCGUGCCCGCGGCGAGUCCGACGACUCCUUCAACCGCCUUGCCCAGAAGGACGGCUACCUCAAGAACGUCUGGUCCGCCAACCGUCAGCGUUAA